GUGUGUGUGUGUGUGUGUGUGUGUGUGUGUGUGUCAUUAGGGCAUGCGCACCAAAGCGUGUCAGACCUGGUCCCAGAGAAAACAAGGGGUGUGCUUGGGUGCUCGCGAGGAGACAGCAGCGCAUGCGCCCCGCAGAAAAUCACGGGCGUCGAGCCUCACACCGCAGCGAUUGCAGAUCUUACAUGCCAGAUAGGAGGGAGUGGGAAGGGGGUACAGAGAGAGAGAGAGAGAGAGACACGGGGGCCCCAUGAAGACACACGCAGCCCCGGUGUAAGAAGGAUGGAGACCCGAUCUGCGGAAGAAGAAGAGGGCUGAUGCGCGUCCUUUCUUUCCAACUUAUCCGAGCCCUGUCUGCAGAUGCAACCUGUCUGUCAUCCCGGUAAUCCCUUUUUUUUUUUUUUUAGUGCAGCGUUUCCUCCAAAAGAGGACUACGAUGACAACCUGGUGAAUGCAAACGAGAUGGAGUAAAAAAAAAAACGCACAACGCAGGAUGCGCAUCCCCAACCCGACAAGGAAGAAGGUGAAGCAACCUGGCUGUUUUUCUGCUGUCGCAUGUCAGAGGUUUUCCUCGGUGUUGUGGAUUGAUCGUUUCCUUCUUCAUCACCAUCGCCCUCCUCCUCCUGCUCCUGCUCCUGCUGCUGCUGCCGGUGUCGGUGUAUAAUGGAGAGCUCCAAUGGCUCUGGCAGCGACACCAAACCGCAGAACCACCAGUUGGAGAAGAAGAGACUGAACCGAGCACCUUCCCCGGCCAGACCUUUCCUCAAGGAUGUGCACUCCCGCUCCACCAAACCACCUGCCAUCGUACCCAAAUCACCCAAACUCAACAAGCAGCAGCAGCAGCAGCAGCAGCAGCAGGCUGCCACACUGCCCUCCUUGGCCCAUCCGAACCGCAGCUCCAGACGCAACACGACCGGAUCAAAAGAGAAACUAGCCUCGGUGAAAAGUAACACCAAGUCAUCUGUGGUGAAAAAGCCCACAAAGGUGAUCCAACAUGCAGCAGCCGAACCCAAAACCGCCAGCACCAAACCGGACAGCACCAGCAGUCCGACCCUCGCCAAAAGCAAGAAGGGGAAACUAGCCUCGGGGUCCCCGGGGCCUCCCAGCCAUGGAUCUCCAAUCCGCGUACCGACCGGAGCGCCUCUCGGCCGGGUCACGCAAACCGACAGCAGCUCGGACCUGUCAGACUGCCCGUCCGAGCCGCUGUCGGAUGAGCAGAGGCUGGCACCGGCCGCUAGUAGCGACGCCGAGUCCGGUACCGGCUCCGGCUCCAGUGAUCGGGAUCAGCUGGGUGCAGAUAAUCCGCUGCGGGCUGAAGCGACCGGAGCCGCUGCUGAUGCUCCGUUGCGCACAACCGAGGCUUCCUCCGCCAAGGGAAGCAUGUCUCAGGCUCUGCCCGCUCCGGGGACGCACGGGGAGAAACACAAACCAUCAUCCAGCGCACAAUCCAGACUGCCAGGCACCAAGGAUGUAACCGAGGAGGACCUGCAGCGGGAGGUUGAAGAUUUAAGAUCUGAAAACGACUACCUCAAGGAUGAAGUGGACGAGCUGCGGGCAGAGAUGGAGGAGAUGCGAGACAGCUACCUGGAGGAGGAGGUCUACCAGCUGCAGGAGCUUCGCAGGGAACUGGACCGCUCCAACAAGAACUGCCGCAUCCUGCAAUACCGCCUCCGAAAGGCCGAGCAGAAGAGCCUGCGGGUCGCACAGACCGGGCACGUGGACGGAGAUCUGCUCCGUAGUCUGGAGCAAGACUUGAAGGUGGCCAAAGAUGUGUCGGUGCGUUUGCACAACGAGUUGGAGAGCGUGGAAGACAAACGCAGCAGAGCCGAGGACGAGAAUGAGCUGCUCAGACAAAAGAUCAUCGAGGUGGAGAUCUCCAAACAGGCGCUGCACAACGAGAUGGAGAGGACCAAAGAGACUGCACUGAGGAGACGAGGCAGCAGGGAAACAUUUAAAGACAAGAAGUCCACGAGUCAGGAGGACAGUGCAGACCUCAGGUGCCAGCUCCAGUUUGCCAAAGAGGAGUCCGGCCUGAUGAGGAAAAAGAUGGCGAAGCUGGGCCGAGAGAAGGACGAACUGGAGCAGGAGCUACAGAAGUACAAGUCAGUCUACGGGGACGUGGACAGUCCUCUUCCCCUGGCCGAGUGCUCUGGUGGAGGUCCUCACACCACUCGAGAGGCCGAGCUGAGAUUGCGGCUUAAGCUGGUGGAGGAGGAGGCGAACAUCCUGGGCAGAAAGAUUGUGGAGCUGGAAGUGGAGAACCGAAGCCUGCGAGCGGAAAACGAAGACAUCCGCUGUCAGUACGAAAGAGAUUGCUUCGGGCGGGAACCCUUCUCCAGCAUGCCCUCGUCGCCGUACGGUGGUGAUGCGCUGGAGUCGGCGAGUGAGCUACGCCGGCAUCUACAGUUUGUGGAGGAGGAGGCUGAGCUGCUGCGCCGCUCCAUCUCAGAGAUCGAGGACCACAACAGGCAGCUGACAUCUGAACUCAAUCGCUUCAAGUUCGGCCCCACCAGCAGCUCUGGGCUUGUUGGUGAGGAGGGCAGUGAGGGAGGGUUAUUCAAACCUGGUAAUGGGGGGAACGGUAAUGGUUCCAGCAGCGGGAUGAUGAUGGAGGAGCUUAAAUCAGCGAGGAUGCAGAUCAACGAGCUGAGCGGAAAGGUGAUGAAGCUGCAGUACGAGAACCGAGUCCUCAUGUCCAACGUCCAGCGCUGCGACCUGGCUGCACACCUCGGCCUGCGCACCGGCAGCCCUCGAGACAGCGAUGCAGAGAGCGAUGGAGGCCGUCGAGAAGCCGCUGAGGAUGAGGAGGCAAGGCGACUUCUCCUCCUCCACCCAAAGAGGGAGGGUCCUAUCGGGGGCGAGAGCGACUCUGAAGAUCUGUUCGAGAAAACGACAACCACCUCAGGGUUCGGAAGCAUCAAACCUUCAGAUGGCAGCGAGCUCAGCGCCACUGAUCUGGCCAACCGCAGGAGGGAAGAACGGGAGUCGUUCACCAACGUGAAACGUGAGGCGGAAAGGCUCGGGAAGACGGUGGACCGUCUAAUCACGGACACCGACAGUCUGAUCUUUGAGGGCAGGCUGCUGGUGACGACGGGGGAAAGCCUGGAAGGAGGGGCGGCGUCCGGAAACAAACCGGACACCCAAGUUCUGGACACCAUCAACACUCGCAUGAAGGCCUUCCGUACUGAGCUGCACAUCUUCGUGGAGAAGCUGGAUCAUAUAGGAGAGGGGCUGAGAGAAAGGACAGAUGAUCUGUCACCCAUGCCAAACCUCACAGAGUCCAGCAGCUUCCUGUCCACGGUCACCUCCAUGUCCCGCGACUCUCCCAUUGGCACCUUUGGAAGAGACCUGGUGACCGACUUCCAGUCCGGUCAGAGGGAUGAGCUGGAGUGGCGUCUAGGACAGGAGCGAGGCGUGGAGCCCCAGAGCCAGAGCCAGGGUGGGGGCCAGGCCCAGAGCAGGGGAGCCACGGGACUCACUAGGUACCACAGGCCCCUGGCUUUAAGAGCAGAGCUCCGGGACACGCCUGCUUCUGACAUCCAGUUACGUCUGGAUCACGAGCGAAGGCUGAGAGCGGCGACGGAGGAACGGGAGGCUGUCAUUUCUCUGCCUCAGCAGGACGAUGAGCGUUUGCGUCUGGAGGCCCAGCGUGGAGGUCUGGAGCUGCAGGGACUCCAGAGUCACGAGGUGCCCUGGAAUCAGGAGCGAGCCACGCUGCUACAAGAGGUUCGCUUCUUCAGACGCAACACCAUCAUCUUCUACAUGAAGCUCAGGUGGAUCCUUACACACUGGAGGCUUGCCCGCAAGGACGACCCCGGAGAGGAGACGGUGCACCCGGAGUAUGAGAAGAUGGAGGGCAUCCCAGAGCUGGGAGUGAUAAUGGAGCAGGCGGAGGGCGAGUCGGCUCGAGACGACAGGCUGUGUUUACCGCAAACUCAAGGGGACGCCCCCGACACCACACCCAUCAUGCCCCUGCUGUCACCUGAUCGACACCUGCAGCAUCAACGACAGUUUGGCGAGAACCGUCAGGUGCUGCAGGCCGUGCGGACGCUGCUGGAGGAGUUUCGGGAGGAGCUGCAGGAGGAGGAGACGCGACGAUGCCAACUGCAGCAGUCCUACGCCAAUGACAAAGCCGCUUGGGAGGUCAAGUGGGCAGAGAUGAAGUGCCAGGUCGCCCAGUUGGAGGAGGAGGCGCAAAGUAAGGUCCGAGGAGAAGCGCAGGGAGAUGAAGGAGAACUGACCAGAGAUCCUGAGUGGGCCUUAAAUCAGGAGCGUGAGGAGCACCAGCGUCUUCUGGCCGAGAGCCACAACACCUCGCUGGACCUCCGCUGGAAGCUGCAGCACGGAGAGAUGAGGUGGGGCCGAGAGAGGGCCGAACUGCUGGAGCGCUUCGACCGGGAGCGGCAGGAGUGGGACGGCAGCAUAAGGGAGCUCCAUCGCAAGAUGGAGAGGCUGCAGAGGGAGCUGAACACCCGGCAAGACGAGGGCAUCGACGUCAAAGAUGGCAGCUUGGCCCACCGAGGUGUGUUUUCCCCUCAGGACAGUCCCUGCAGCGCCCCGCGGUCACCUCGCUCUCCACGCUCCCCAUGUACGUCCACCCCUGUCCCCGUCCCGCCCACGCGCUCCCACUCUGACUCUGAGGCCAUGCUGGAGGAGCAGGGCGCUGCGAUGAGGCUGAAAGGCCCGACGGAGAACCUGUUCCUGGACGCGCUGUCUCUGGAUCCCCUCAGCGGCCUGGAGGUCCCACCACCGCCCUCCAGACUGGAGAGCGAGAAGAGGUUCCCCUGCAUGAAGGAGGCUCUGAAUGAGAUUUCGGAGAGAGAAGGCGAUCCUGAUUACCCAGAGGAGGAGAUGGGCGGUGGGAGUCUGCUCAGAGCCAAGUCAGUGUGCUCCAUGAGCGACUUCCAGCGGUUAAUGGACAGCUCGCCGUUCCUCCCGGACAAGACUCGUCACGGUGAUCAGGGCCAAGACGAUGUCACCCCUCCUCUGUCCCCGGACGACCUCAAGUACAUUGAGGAGUUCAACAAUAAGGGCUGGGACUUCCCAUCAUCCACCUCUGUCCCGGGUCCCGUCCGCGAUGUGUGGACGGACAAAACCCACGAGGCCCGGGGAGGGGACUCCGUUCUCGAUCCAUUCCAGCCAGCCUCAUGGUUCCUCACCACCAGCGCCACCCUGACCACCAGCACCCUGAGCAGCCCUGAGCACUGCCACAAGUCCCCGCUGAGGGGCAACGGAGCAGGGGCAGCAGGGGUGGGAGUGGAACACUGUGGGGUUCACAUCCUCCACAGCCCCACCAGAUCUGGGGCAGCUGAGCGUCCUACUGCCCAAGACCCGGACUUCCUGUACACCAAAGGGACCAAAGCCAGGGGCGGAGGAGAGGCUGGGGUGGGAGCAAGCGGGUCAGAUGAGGUUUUUAGCAGUGGGAGGUGGGCAUGUGGGCUUCUGGAGGCUGGGGGAUUGAGGACUUCUCCUAGUCAGUCUCCUAUCUGCCCCACAGUGGGUUACACCUCCUCUUUGGAGCUUCAGCUCUCCAGAAACUUGAGCGACGACAUGAAGGAGGUGGCGAUCUCCGUGAGGAACGCUAUCCGCUCUCCGCCAGGGCCCAUCUUCCGGGAUACCGCCUGCCAGACCAACGGAUUCACCACAAGAGGCACUCAGACCACGCAGACUAUCAGUGUGGGUCUCCAAACGGACCUGCUGAGGAACCUGACCAGCAGCCCGCACCGCUGCCUCACCCCGAAAGGCAGUGGCACGCCUAUAUCUUCCCCAUCACGCAGCCUGAGGAAGGUGCAGUACUCUCCGGUCGUCCAGAGCAAGUUCGAGCGACCCUGCUGCUCACCAAAGUACGGCUCGCCCAAGCUUCAGCGCAAACUGUCCACCUCCAACAAGGCUGAGCUCCCCAACACGAGCCGCGCUCCCACCCCCACCACGCCGCAGAAGGGCAACAACGAGUCGGCGUGGGCCCGCUCCACCACCACUCGCGACAGCCCUGUCCACACCACCAUCAACGACGGCCUCUCAAGCCUCUUCAACAUCAUCGACCACACCCCAGUGGCUUACGACAUGCAGAAGUUCAACAAGUCCCCCAGUCGCUCUCGCCCAACCACUCAAUCAGAGCCCGGCCCCGCUCAAGGGGCUCUCGCCACGGACACCAGGAACGCGCAGGAGUGCCUGCGGACUGCUCGCGGACGCUCGCCCAGCCCCGUGCAGCUGAUAGUGGAGACGCAGGGGGACAAAAACCCAGAGGUGGUGAGCAUACGGCAGGACCUGUCAGCCCCGCCGGGCUACACGCUGGCUGAAAACACAGCCCGCAUCCUAAAUAAGAAGCUGCAGGAGCAGAGCUUUAGAGAGGAGAGGAGGCUGCAGGCUGGAGGACAGAGCAGCCACAGCAGAGACAGCAGCAGGCAGGCCGACUCAGACAGAGGACAGUCUGGAUGUAUGGAGCUGACCCCAUGCUUACCUGAGCAGAUGGACCUGCCUCGCUCUCCGGUGGCUCCACCCUUGGACUCCCGCUUCCUGAGACCGGCCCGCCCGGCCAACCGCCGCCCCCCCUCGCGCUGGGCCGCCCAUUCCCCUUCCUCCUCCCCCAAGUGGAGCGAGGGCUCGAAGAGGAGGUUCACCUUCCCGCCGCCAGGACACCGGAAGACCAUCAUGAUGGAGGGUGAGGAGCCAGUGUGAGGCCGUCCUCUUACCUCCUCUCGCCUUCCUCCUCCUCCACCUCAGCCUAAAAGACCCAGUACCUCACAAACCCCCCAGAAAAAUCAAGAGACUCCCACGAGACGGAGCCUGAAAGGGGGGGAAGGGUCGCGAUCCACCUAGUAGCACCAGCUGACCAUUGAGGAACCAGAACUUCAGUUUAGAAGAACCUGGAAUGUACUGUAAUAUCAGAAAAAGACAUAAAACUACAUUUCCAUAAGAGGUGCCUGCACACACUUGAGUUACUCAUCACCCCACAUGUGUGUAUAUAUGUAUUUAAUACAUAUAUGUAUAUUUUAGUCACAAAUCUGACCUUUUUUCAGGUGAACACUGUAGGUGAGCUGUUGCAUUUGUAUGAAGUUUACACCAUUUUGUUCUCAUCUGUUUACACUUUUAUUUUUCUACAUAAAACGUCUUUUAUGUUCAAAUUCAAGCUAAUUUUCUUUUCAGUUAAAACAACCAUAUUUUUUUUCUUUUUUGCGUUGCCGGUCUUUGAAGCUUUACUUUUUCUUGUUCGGUUUCGAGGAGAGGAACGACGACACACAAGCAAACAAACAAACAAACAAAAAAAAAACUUCUGCUUCAUCGGGUCUGAAGCGGAGACACAUGAUGUCAUUUCUGAUGCUAAUGUAAUUUAUUUUUACGUUGAGAUGAAUGUCUGGCUCCGUGACGUGUAGAAGAUGGGUGACAACAAACUGAAUAACCUUAUGCAUAUUUGGAAGGCAGUUAGUACAAAUAUCAGUCAAAUAUUUGCAUGCCUUUUGAACACUUUAGCACUUUAGUGCAUGUACAUACGAGUUCUAGUCAUUUGUGAUCACUCGGCUCCGCUGUCGGGGGGGAAAAGAAACAAAAUAAUGUCGUGAUGGGAACUCUUGAGCUGUUGUUUUUUUGUUGUCACAUGAUUUGCAUUGACUAAAAUAAGAAUUUUUAAGUAAAUUAUUGUACCUACCAGGCUGUCUUUGUACAGUUGUUACUAUUGGAUAUGAAUUUUUGUUUUCUUUUGACAGGAACAAAAAUGGAUUGUGAAAAUAAAACAAAAAACUAUGAAUGUUUUAAACGAAAAGUCUACGUCAAAAAAAAGUCUAACGAUCUAUAGUCUUAUGUAAAUAGUAAAUGGUAAUAAACAUGAAUGUGUAUUUACAAGA